AUUGGUUGAUGGGUGAGCGCUGCUGGGAACUCUUAAAUUGGCAUGCAUUUGGCACGCGCCUCAUCAGUCGUGCCGGGUUCGUCGUGUGUACGGGCGCGCGAUAAGUGAGUUGUCAGUGCGUGCUCUGGGGACAACGCACCAACGUUAACGUGUGACUGAGCCGGUAGCAUAUUUGCACCUACCGAAAUUAGAGCCCGAAGCGCGAUAAUUUCCUAUUAUGGGUUCAGCUGUGAAGAUUCGUAACAAUAUGGCAUCAGCCAUGGUAGGAGUAGUGGCAGUCGCACUGCUGAUUGUCGCAUGCUGUCAGAUCGUAGUGGCGCAGUACAAGCAGUGUAAAGGCGGUGAAUCCUGCAUAGACAUAAAUGAGUGUGCACAUUUCGGACCACACCACACCGAUCCCAAGAAAUGGUCCGACAGCUUGAAGCACGAUUUUCGCGACAAGUUGUGCCACCGUGAAAGUAACAACGGAAAAUUUUUGUUCAAGGUGUGCUGUCAGCAGGAAGCGGACAGCAACAACCAUCGUAAGCGCAACCUGACGCUGCUCGAUCUAGAAAAGUGCGGUCCGUACAUCGAGGAAAAGAUUGCCAACGGCAUAGACGCCAUACUGUUCCAGUAUCCCUGGAUGGCACUGCUGCAAGACACGGAACUUGACUUCGUUUGUGGCGGUACGUUGAUCAACAAGCGCUACGUACUGACUGCAGCCCAUUGCUUUUCGAGAAAAGCUAUAAUCUCGGUACGUUUGGGCGAGUUCGAUCUGCAGAGCGAUAUCGACUGUGACAAGCGAGGGGAGCGGUGCGCUUUGCCACCCCAGGACAUUGCCGUGGAGCGAACGAUCAAACACAAAGACUACAGUGCGCGACAUAAGGUGAACGAUAUUGCGCUGAUUCGACUUGCAUCGGAGGCGUCCUAUAACGAAAAUGUGAUGCCGAUCUGCUUGCCAGUGUCGCCGGAAAUGCGCACAGUAAAGGAAAUCUAUUACGUUUCCGGCUGGGGAUUGACGGAAAACAAUACAAGGUCAGACGUACUACAAGUAGGACUGCUCAGAGAGCUUCCAAAUGACGUGUGCCAGCAGCUGCUGCAAAGGAAGGACAAAUACGUCACCGUCAAUAGCGAUCAGAUGUGUGCGAUCGGAGCGAAUCGGACCGACAACUGUAGCGGUGAUUCCGGUGGACCGCUCAAGACGGUCGCUGUCAACGCACGUUUCGUACAGUACGGCGUGGUGUCGUACGGGUUGAGAACAUGCGGUAAGGAAACUGCUCCUGGUGUAUACACUCGUGUGGAAAAUUACAUCGACUGGAUUUUGGACAAUUUGGAAGAAUGAGUGAAUGAGUGUGUGUGUGUGUGUGUGUGUGUGUGUGAGAGAGAGAGAGAGAGAGAGAGAGAGAGAGAGAGAGAGAGAGAGGAAAAAAGAGAGCGAAAAUAAAACGCCAUUCUGCAUAACUCUUGUCAACUUCUAUAGAGUGGGAAACCGUU